GCACACGUGAAGCAGAGAAGACAGCAUGGCUGAAAAAACAGAGUUAGCGUUGGACCGGUCACAGGUGAAAAAAGCCGUCCAAGCCCUGCAGGCUUUCCUAAAAACUAAGUCCACCAGUGCCUCUCUGUUCUUGGACGAGUCUCAGCAGAUCAGCCUGCUCUUCACCUUCUGGAAGAUCCCGAGACAAGCACAGACCAUCCGCAUUCCCUUGCCCCAUGGCCAGCGAUCAGAGGCAGAGGAGGUCUGUCUGUUCACCAGAGAUGAGCCCAAAAUGACAGCAGACCAGACCCAGAGGUUUUAUAAGAAGUUGCUGGAGGAGAGGGGCGUCAAAAAUGUCACUGAGAUCAUCCCCUACAAGACCUUGAGGACAGAGUACAAACCAUUUGAAGCCAAACGCCGUCUGCUGGGGAACUUCGACAUGUUCCUCUCCGAUGACCGCAUCCGCCGCCUGCUGCCUUCCCAUCUCGGAAAACAUUUCUACGAGAGGAAGAAGGAGCCGCUGUCUGUGAACCUGCAGAGCAAACAGCUGGCCAGAGACAUCCACAGAGUCAUCCAGGGCACCAACAUGAAGGUCACAAACAAGGGCUGCUGCUGCAUGGCUCGUAUUGCUCACUCCGGCAUGACAGCAGAUGAGGUGACAGAAAACAUCGAGGCUGCUGUUCAAACAGUGGUGGCCAAACUAAAUAUGAAAGGACCACUGGUGAAGAUUAUCCACUUAAAGAGUCAAACCUCAGUGGCGCUGCCCAUCUACACCUCAGACCUGGGCGACCUCACCGUGCUGGAUGAAGCACAGAAGCAGACUCAGCAAAAGCGAGAUGCUGCCAAAAAGAAAAACACAGAGGACGUAAAGCAAACAGACACCACCGCAGAGGGAAAGGCAGAGGGGAAGAAGGCGGCGAAGGGAAAGAAAAAGAAGGUGGAGGAGGAGGAAGAAAUCCCACAGCUGGUUCCCAUAGAAACACCGAGCAAAAAGCCCAAACUGGAGCAGUCUGCUAAAAAGAAGCAGCUGAAGAAAGCACCCAAACCUGCCCUAGUGAAGAAAGGAGCAAAAGCUCAAGGCAAAAUGACCAAGAAGGCUGGCAAGAGUGACUCCAAAGUAAAAAGGAAAGUGCCUAAAGUGAAAUAACCAUCAGUGGCACAUCACCUUUUCAACAUGGACUUUUGACACAGUAUCUAGGAGCAGAUUGUUUAUAGAGUGAUUGGUGGGUAUAUUCAGCCUGGUUUGUUUUGUUUGCUCGACUGAAGCAAAUUAUAAACGUUUCUAUUGGAAAAGAUCUAUGGCUAUGUUGUGUUUUCUACAUGCUUUGUAAGAAUAAAAUGCUUAUGACGCUCA